AGGGAUAUGUUGGUUGGGGAAAAGUGAGCUGUACGUGCCGUGGGCGCGUGUAGGGCACUGAAGACCCCAAGCCUGCCUUUUUCCCAGGUGGCUUGUCCGUCCUGCCACUCCGAUGACGAACUCUGAGCCGACCCUGGUGUGUCAAGGGCGCCUUGCGUUGGUCGCUGGAUCUCGAGUUGAAGGAUACCGACGGCCCCGACCAAGACGAGAAGUAUUCACCCGCGGUGCUUUGGUAUAUCGCGCACACCUGUGGAGCGCUGCAGGGGGGACGACGUAUAUAAUGGCGGGAUCGUAUGUUGUGCGAAGAGGAUGGCAAAGCUCAGUGAACAAAAAAAACAAGCGGGAGGAUGUACAAAGUAUAUGUGGGCAUCUCGAAGCGAAAAUCCUGCAUCGGCGUGGGCGUUUUCUUAUAUUCAAGCUGCAUUCUGUCUGGCUCUCUCUCUCUCUCUCUCUGGCGUUACUGCAUGGCUGGCUCGGUUGCUCGGUCUGUCUCUGCGUCCGAUCUCUCUUAUUAUCACUAUUCUUUCUCUCUCUCUUUUGUCAUGGAUCGAACUGCAUCAUCAUAGAUAGACUGUGCAUAGUAGUAGUAGUAUUGCUAGCUAGCUACUCGCUCCCUCCCUAAUAAGAGAUCGUUUCCUAGAUGUCUUGAGUGUGCGGUGCUGCGGUGUGGAAAUUGCCUGCGGUGUGGAGAUUGCGUGCGGAUGAUUUCGCGGGCGGGGUUUCUGGGGUGAUGCUGGGCGUGGCAAGGUGAUGGGAAGCGCGUGCGAGAUGAGGCGAAUCUCCCGGCCGUCGUUCGUGGACGGGCAGCUACUGUAGUGUGCUCGAUGGAAGCUGGGCUGGUAGGGCGUUUUUGUUGUCUCGUUG